UUAAGAGGAUAGAAAAGAGGACAAAUUGCGGCGUGAAAAGCACAGCAACAUUAGACAAGCCAAAGAUGCGACCAGACUCUAGGCAGUUCACCUUCGCAGCAUCGUCUGCUUGCAUUUGCAGACGAAUAGCUGUAGCUUACGACGAUUAGAACGGGGUGGAGAAACGCUCCUCGAUCGAUUGAUUGAUCGACGGAUCGACGAAAAGAUUGCCAGUGCAAAAAGGAGGUCGAGCUGAGAGUUGGAGUAGGACCCAAUUGCAGGUUUCUGAGGCUGUAAGGGCGGGUCACAAUGCAACAAGCGGUGGGGGCAGGGCCAGGGAGCUCGACGCGCAUGCGAUGUCUGUAUAUGUUUAACAGACAAGGAGUUUGUGUGCAUUAUCAUGUUUGGCUACGACCUCUUAAUGCUCUUAGUCGCCAGGAGGAUCAGAAGCUCAUGUUCGGUCUGCUGUUUUCUCUCAAGUCCUUCACAGCGAAAAUGGAUCCAGUAGGUGGCAGCAAGGGACAAUUAGGAGCAGCUCAACUGCAAGGACAAGGUUGUUCUUUUCACAGCUUCCGAACAAACACUUAUAAACUUAGUUUUAUGGAGACUCCAACCGGAAUGAAGAUUGUUCUGGUGACAGAUCAGAAGAUGGGUGACCUUCGUGAGGCCUUGAAACACAUAUACAGCAACAUCUACGUCGAGUACGUUGUGAAAAACCCGUUGUACACUCCGGAGAUGCCAUUCAAAUGCGAGCUCUUCAAUUUAAAUCUGGAUAACUAUGUCAAGAAUCUUACUUGAAGAAGUCCGUCAGCCUCAAAAGGCACCGUAUAUACGAAGACAAAGUCUACUUGAAAUUAACUGGCCAGCGGACCAAGUUUUAUUGGCAAGUUGUGGCUCAUGUCCUCGCUCUUUCUAACUGGAUGCUGAAGGACACUCAACGCCGAGCUGCUGGAAAUCUUGUGAUCAAUUGUGAGAAGGAUGAUAGUAUCAGGAUUCUGCCCUUCUAUACUGACUUCGUCAAGUCUCCUUAUUACAUUCGUUCAUUCAUCGAUCAGCUUGUAAGAUCUGUUGCCCAGAAGAGUCCCAUCAUUAUCAUGCAAUAUAAGCUUGAUUAUAGUCUUUCAUUCUAUGUCAAUAGGAUUGUAGAAGUAGAGAUGAUUGUGGUAAUUUCGAGUAUCAUUCAAAAACCUGUCAUCCAGCAGCGAGAACUGUCUUCCUCUAUCUCUUUGCUUGAAUUUGUAGAGCAAAGUUGGAGGAAAUCUGGUGUCUCACUGAGUCACGAAAGUCGCUGAGUUUUCCUGUCAUACGAGUUCAGCUGGAAGCCAGCACUCAUCUGUUGCUCCUUCUUCAUCUUCUUAGUACUUCAGCUGUGGAGGGUGAUUACGCUGAGAGCUUAAGACGUCAAUUUUUCCGAUCUGGCUCUUACUUAGUAGGAAGAUUUCAACAGUAAUCAUGGCAUUAAAUUGCGGACACAACGGCAGAGCCUUUAGAAAGUUCAAAUGAGUCGUCAUUUUUUUCCGAUGAACUUGCCUUUCCAAUCUUCUUUCUUCCACUCUGCAGAGGACCGGCCAUAGCUCACUUCCCUGAUGCAUGUAGUAAUUAACCCCAAUAUAUGUUCUCUAUGCUUUUCGUAUCGAUGUCUGUCUGAAGACGGAAGGGGAACAUGUUUGUUUCUCAUUUUCAUGUCCUCACAACAGAUAAUUUGC